AUGAGGUGCAUUCUAUUGUCUUCUCGCUUUCUUUUCCUCGCUGCUGUCGGGGUUUUAUCCCAAACGACUGUGUUUUCGACGAAUCUAGCGAUUUCUGCCAAGACUUCAGAAGUGGAAUCAGACAAUACGGCGAUAUAUUAUUCGACAGAGCCACUUCUUCUGGGAAAUGAUGGGUUAGCAGCUACAGGUGGCUUCCAUGUGUAUUCUUUACCGACCGGUUCCAAUUCGACUUUGGUCGAAAAGGAGUGGAAAACUCCUGGGAGAACUAAGCUACUAGCUACCGUUUAUGAUAUUGGCGGCAAGGACCUCAUUCUUACAAUCGCACAACCGGAUAGUAUCAUUCGAGCUUUUGAAGUAAACGGAUUACAAGAAGUUGAAGAGGCAAGAAAGUCAGCUCUUGGUGAUUGGUCGGCUUUGUGUACGUGGAAGAGUGCUGCCAGUGGGAACCAAUACUUCUACCUUUUUGGGAAGAAACAGGUGGUUCGGUAUUUGACCAGGAAGAACAGUGUAUUUGAAAUAACGGAGGCAAGUAGACCACAAGAUUUUAUCCAUACAAUAUACUUAUUUUAUAUAGAUCCACACUUUCAAUAUUCCUAUUGAAGCAAAUUCUUGCUCUGCUUCCGCAGUGACAGGUCAAGUUUAUUUCAGCACAGAUGACGGGAAGGAGAUUUAUACCUUCAAGGCAACCGAAUCGACCAGCAUUCCAGAAAUUGAAGUUUUGGGGGAGGCAGAAGAUGGAGUUACCGGGCUUGCUAUUUAUGUUUCCCAAUCCUCAGAAUAUCUCCUCCUCGGUCAAAAAGACUCCAUUCUCGUCUCGACAACAAACUUCAGCAUUUUGGGAUCCAUGAAGAUAGCCGGUGUUGAGGAUCCAGAAGUGAGCGGAUUUUCCAUAUUUCAAGGAUGCCUCGCCGAUUACCGAGCUGGAUAUAUUGCAUUUGCGCUCGAAGAUUCUGAGAAGAAACAAUUUGCAAUUAGCUCCUUGGAAUCUGCUUUUCAAGCUUUGAAUCUAUCUGUCAACACCGCGUACGAUCCAGCUUUCACCAGCAAAGAUCUGAUCACGCCCAUUUGUGACGACUGUAAUUCUUCUGGAUUCUGCGCGGAAACAGCUACAACAAAUUCUUGUGAAUGUUUUGCAGGCUUUGCUGGAGACUGUUGUGAAAAUUUCACUUGCAUAGACAACUGUUCUGGCCACGGCGUAUGUGUUGGAGCCAACGAAUGCGAGUGUCAACCUGGAUGGGGUGGACUUCAUUGCUCAUUCCUCCUAGUUGAACCAGAAAUCGAUACAACAGCUAACGGUGGCGAUGGAGAUGACCCCGCUGUCUGGAUAUCCCCAAUAUCCCCAGACCAAUCACGCAUUAUUACAACUACAAAGUCAGAACAAGGCGCUGGCCUGGGUGUAUUCGAUCUUCAAGGCAAGCUUCUUCAAGCAUUUCCAGCGGGAGAGCCUAAUAAUGUUGAUAUGAUAUACAACUUUCCGCUCGGAAACAAUGUUACUUCCGAUCUUGCAUAUGCGGCAUGUAGAGCAGAUAACACGCUCUGUCUUUUCGCAAUGAGUCCUAAUGGGACGCUUUCCGAUAUUGCAGGUGGCAUUCAAACACUCCCAGAAGACUACGAACCGUACGGAUCGUGCUCUUACAAAUCUCCUAAAACAGGGACACAAUAUCUCUUCGUCAACAAUAAAAAGGCGGAAUAUCUCCAAUAUUCUUUGAAAAGCACUUUGAAUGGCACUCUCUCCACGAAUCUGGUACGAAGUUUCAUAGGGGGCUCAGGUGGCCAAGUCGAAGGCUGCGUUACGGAUGAAGAAAACGGUUACAUCUUCAUCGGAGAAGAACCCUCAGCACUCUGGCGCUACGACGCAGAGCCCGAAACCUCUACACCAGAAGGCACAAAGAUCGCCAGCGUUUCUACAUACUCUGACUUCAAACCUGGAUAUCUCUACUCAGAUGUUGAAGGCGUGACAUUUAUCCCUGGUAAAAACUCUACUCAAGGAUAUAUCAUCGUUUCUUGUCAAGGGGUUUCUGCUUACAACGUGUAUGAGCGUGCACCUCCUCAUGCUUUUGUAAAGACCUUUACGAUUGUCAACUCGAAAGGGGGAGUAGAUCAUGUGAGUAAUACGGAUGGCAUUACAGCUGUGGGAAAUCGACUGAACGAGCAGUUCCCGAGUGGAUUGAUUGUGGUUCAUGACGAUAGUAAUGAGCUCGCAACAGGUGGGACAAGCGAUGAGGCGAGUUUUAAACUAGUGGGCUUAAGUGAUGUACUCGACGAGCUGGAAUUGGGAAACAUAGAUCCAGAGUGGAAUCCUAGAAAUUAG